ACCUGGACUCCCAGGUCUCCUCCGCUGGGUUGGGGACCCUUCUGAGACCGGAGGAGCCCAAGUCCCACUCUUACUUCCAGAGCAUCUCCGUCACCAAAGUGACUCUCCCUGAUGGGGCGGUGGAGGAGCGCAGGGACAGCCAGGUCCGCCGGGAGACAACGGUGGCCCGACGGAGGGGCGACCAGGCCUUCAUCACCACCACCAAGGAGGACGGGCAGAGCAAGGACUACCGGGAGGAGGUGGUCAACAUGGAUGACCGGGAGCUGGCGCAGUUCGCGGGCACGUGGCCGCAGCAAGACGAGCUCUACGCUCCCAACCUGAGUGACCCCUCGUCCGUGCUGGGCAGCUUCUUCCGACGUUGGUUCUCGAGCUG